AUGGCGGCUGCGUUCAGAGCGAUAGGUGAUCUCACGGGAGCCAUGCGCCAUGUGCAGACCUCGCUUACCUACCAUCCCAAGUACUUGCCUGCGCUCAGGCGAGAGAUCACGGUGAUGAUGGAGAUAGGCAAGACACGAGAGACUAUAGUCAAGCUGGAAG